CACGUGCGGCGCGGGGCGGGCGCAGCAGCGGCGGGGCCGGCGGCAGCGGCGGGAAAAGAACUGGGUGUUUUGAAGCAAAGGAUGGAAGCACCAACAGCGCAGCCUCCUGUGGAACUUGGAGGAAAAAUGGUGAGAACAAAGAAGAAAAAGCUGAUGUGGAAUUAAAACAACUUCAGAUCCUGCCUGAGGUUUUCCUACGUUUGCUACAUGUAAUAACUAGUUCUUCUUUCCAGCCUGCCUGUGGAGCUAUUGCCCUUCUUGAUCUACGAAGGAGUUGAGAGCCAUGCAGUCCCAGACCAGCCCGUUUCCAAGGUGCCGGUUGGAUCUGCUCCCCAGUGACGCCUUUGCCCCUGGGGAACCCAUCACACCUUCCAAGCUCCCUCCAGGUUUCUGCUUUAACGUGGUGUUUGUAAUGGCAGCUGUGCCUUCACCAGCUUCCUAGAAAGUCAAGUAGCUGGAGGUGAUGGAUCACUUGCUACAUCAGCUGGAGCUGUGAUCCUAGCAGCCUCGAGCUGGGUGAAGACUCAGGUUAACCCGCCAUGCCUCGCUUGCUGCUUCAGUCAUACAGGUCACAGAUGAUGGGGUUUCUUGAGGAGUCUGACCAUUACUCUUCCUUGGCCAAACUCAUGUCAAUCUCCCAAGCAACCAACAAGACCACCUUCAACUGGACAGACAGCAGCAUUAUUGAGUGGGAGAAAUUUGCUGAGCUGGCUAAAUACGAGCCAGAAUCCCAGAAACCAAUAGUGAAAGCUCUCCUGAUUGUGGCGUACUCAGUCAUUAUCAUCAUGUCUCUCUUUGGGAACAUGCUGGUGUGCCAUGUGGUGCUGAAGAACAAGAGGAUGCACUCAGCCACUAGCCUUUUCAUUGUCAACCUGGCAGUGUCUGACAUUAUGAUCACGCUGCUCAACACGCCUUUUACCCUGGUUCGGUUUGUGAACAGCACGUGGAUCUUUGGAAAGGCCAUGUGCCACAUUAGCCGCUUCGUGCAGUACUGCUCCCUCCACGUCUCCACGCUGACCCUGACAGCCAUCGCCCUGGACAGGCACCAGGUCAUCCUGAACCCGCUGAAGCAGAGGAUGUCACUAACGAAGGGAGCACUGAGCAUCUCCGUUAUCUGGCUGAUGGCAACGUGUUUCUCCCUACCCCACGCCAUCUAUCAAAAGCUUUUCCAGUACAACUACAGGGAAGCUACUGUCCGGAGUUUGUGCCUCCCUGAUUUUCCUGAGCCUGCAGAGCUGGUCUGGAAGUAUCUGGACCUGUCUACCUUUCUCCUUCUUUACCUCCUGCCUCUGCUAAUCAUCACUGUCACGUACACACGCCUGGCCAAGAAGCUGUGGCUCCGCAAUGCCAUUGGAGAUAUCACCAUGCAGCAGUAUAUCACCCACCACAAGAACAAGAAGAAGAGCAUCAAGAUGCUGAUGCUGGUGGUGGUGGUCUUUGCUGUCUGCUGGUUCCCCCUCAACUGCUACGUGGUGCUCAUCUCCAGUCUCGGCAUCAAGACAAAGAACUCCCUCUAUUUUGCCCUGCACUGGUUCGCCAUGAGCAGCACCUGCUACAACCCUUUCAUCUACUGCUGGCUGAACGAGAGCUUCCGCUCGGAGCUCAGGGCGCUGCUCUGCAUGUGCCAGAGGAUGCCCCGGGCUCAGGAUGAUGUGCUGCCGCCUGCAGUCACGUCCUGCCACGAGGCAUGGAUGGAGCAGGCCAGGCACAGGAAGGGACCUGCCUCGCAGACCCUAUGCUCCACCAGGAACGCCCAGACAGCCAGCACAGAGCUGUGAGCCGCAGGGCCGAGGCGGGUGGGCUGGAUGCAGUGGGCAUCAAAGGGCACCUCCCCACUUACCCUCAGGAACUGAAUGUUGCUGCUCUGGUGUUCUACUACCGAUUUUUGACUUGUGUCAUAGCAGCACCCCCUUUAUGGAAUGCAGUGGGCACAGCCUCUCCGGCACCCUCCCUGACAGCUCACAGCCGCCCUGACCCAAGGGGCAGCUAUAUAUGCAGGAGACUCGAGGCCCACAGAUGGGUUGAUUUGCCUUCAGAGUUUCCCAUCUUACUGCUGUCAGAGGCUGUGGGACCCAUCUCUCCAUCACAGCUUGUGCCGUCCCUUCUGCCCCAGCUCUGCCCCACCUCUGCCAGCAGCCAGCCAGCCCCGGCCGGGGGGCAAGCAUGGCUGCGUGCGGGGCAGCAGCUGCAGCAGCCUCAGACAGCACACAGGCAGGCCAGUUUAGUCCACGGAGAUUUUCUUUGGAGUUUUAUUAUAAAUAUAUUAAUUCAGGAAAUAAACCUAUACCGGCACUAAACAAAAGGCCACAAAAUAUUUCAUCAGGGCUGUAGCAUUCACUAACUGAAGAAUGAAAUCACUGUGCAUAAUUACUAAUUGCUGUAAAAGACUUUCAGGUCAACAACAGAAUUGAUUUCAAGAGGGAAAGCUUUGUUUGUGGUUCUGGGAAAAAUACCAUUUAAUUUAGCAAUGCUUAGGAGGCAGGUGAAAAAAGGGGUGCAGAACAAAGGAAAGAUUUAGCACAUGAGAGAGAAGGGGGGGCGGUAUGUGGGGAAAGACAAGGAAAAGAGAGAUUAAAGGCAGAAAGAAACCAGAAUUGCUACGUGAUUUCACAAGUAGUGUGGAGCAGUGGCUGGGCACUGGGGGGCAGGCACCGGAAGGACCUCCUGGCCUGGCGUGUCCCUUUCUCUCCAUCAUACCGUCCCUCUUAAAAUUAGCACCAAGACCAGAGAAGCCAGACUUCGCCUAACAGCUUCCCUGGCUGAGACUGAGCAGGGGACUUCUGUUACUUGGAGAAGACACACAAAAGACAGGAAAAUAUUUAUUACUUACUUACCCAUCCAGGCUUUGGGUUGAGUAGUCGUAAGUCUUUUGCAGGAAUAAAGCUACGUGUGUUUUGAGUCCUGACCACUCCUGGGUGAUCCUUCAAUGCUUGGUGCUGGCGACUAGUAUGUGCUGCGGUGGUGACAGAGGGGCUCUGGUACAGACCAGCCAAGGGGGUUCUUCUCUGUUCUUCAGACCUGAAAGUCCUAGGGAAACACUGUACUCAUAGCAAAAAAAACCCCAAACAAACUGCUUGGAAUAAAAAAAUAACCAGCGUUGAUGCAGCCUCACCUUGAGUGCUGUGCAUAGUGCUGGCCCCACCAUUUAAGAAGGAUGUGAAGGCCUUUGAAUGUGUCCAGAGGAGAGCAACUGAGCUGGUGGCAGGGUUGGAAGGCAUGUCCUGUGAGGAGCAGCUGAGGGCUUUGAGCCUGUCAAAUUGGUGCAAACCAAGUGAUGGUUUUCAGCAUUUAAAGGUAGCAUGGCUGCUUAGGGUCAGGGAUGCUCUGGGUCUACCCUGGACUGAGCUUCUGCCU